CUCCAUAAUUAAUCCCCUAUUCUCAACUGUCGAUAGAAAGUGACAGAGACAGAGAGAAGUUCUAUCUAUAUAUUAUAUAAAAAUACAUUACACAAUUAUCACAACUAGACUUCAGCGCGGAUCUAGUCUUCUUAUAUACAUCUCAUUCUCAGAUAUAUAAAGAAGAAUUGUGUAUCAAACACAACUCGAAGCUUUUGUUGAGGCAUGGCUGUGAUGAAGCUAAGAAGAGCAGCGACUGUAGCAGGGACAUGGCUAAACGAAGCCAUUAGCUUCUUCGUGUUCUGUGUUUUAGACGUCGUUGAUUCAUUUCUUUGUCUCAUCUACAAAGCAGCAGACUAUCUCUUUGAAGCCGAAUGGAAGCCUUGCUAUUGUUUGUCGGCCAAGGAACCCAUCACCACGACUCGAGGGAAGAUCCUCUUGUCUCAAAACGAUGGCGAAUCCAAGAUCCUUACUCUUUCGCGGCUUCAAGAACUCGGCGGACGUUCCAAGAUUGAGCUGGAGGAUAUCUCUGAGACACUUUACACACGUCCUUCUCGUCUAUCGGACUUUUCUAACCUAUCCGUUAAUGAGCUCAAUAAACGGUUCGUUAAGGUUACUCGGUCCGAGUCCGAGUGUAGCGACCAUCAUGAGAAGAAUAAAAGCAGAAGGAGGAAAUCAGUAACGAAGUCAAGCUUGACGGUGAACUUCACGGUAGUUGAGAAGCUUCGGGGAAAGAUCAAACCGCAUAAUUUGAGCCACGAUGUCUCUCGAUGGUCGGAUUGUGAUUGUGGAUUUUGUACAUCGUGGGCCUCUACUAGUGACAAAGAUCAUUCCCUCUUUGUCAAAACUCAAAUCCCAAAUGGGGUGGCGGCGAAAGAGGAUGUUCUGUUCAUACAUGGUUUCAUAUCUUCAUCAGCGUUUUGGACGGAGACGGUAUUUCCAAGCCUGUCAGCCUCCUCCUCGGCUCAUAGACUCUUCGCCGUGGAUCUUCUAGGAUUCGGUAAGAGUCCAAAGCCAGCUGAUUCACUCUACACGUUGAGAGAACACGUAGAGAUGAUCGAGAAAUCUGUCUUACACAAACACAAUGUGAAGUCUUUCCACAUCGUGGCUCAUUCUUUGGGAUGCAUUUUGGCGCUUAGCCUCGCCGCUAGACACGGCGGCUUAGUCAAGUCACUUACCCUCCUUGCUCCGCCGUACUAUCCAGUGCCGGCGGGAGAGACGAAGCCGAGGCAGUACGUGAUGAAGAAAGUGGCACCGAGGAAGGUUUGGCCGCCUAUAGCAUUAGGAGCGUCGAUGGCUUGUUGGUACGAACACGUUAGUCGUACCAUUUGUCUCCUUAUCUGCAAACACCACCGUCUUUGGCAGUUCCUUGCAAAUCUCAUCACCCGUAAUAACAGGACUGUAAACUUUUUAAUAGAAGGUUUCAUGUGUCACACGCACAACGCAGCGUGGCACACUCUACACAACAUUUUAUGUGGGACAGGAAGCAAACUCGAUACGUAUCUAGAUAUCGUUCGAGAUAAACUAAAGUGCAACGUGGCCAUCUUCCACGGAGGUGACGACGAACUCAUUCCUGUCGAGUGUAGCUACAACGUUAAACAGCGGAUUCCUCGGGCGCGAGUUAAGGUUCUUGAGCACAAAGAUCAUAUCACUAUGGUUGUUGGCAGACAAGAUGAGUUUGCCAGAGAGCUCCAAGAAAUUUGGAAGACUUCUUCUAGCUAAAAAUAUGUCUGAUGAAAAUUUGUGAUAGAUUAAUAUCAAUUGUUCUAUGUGUAAUGGGUUGGUAAAAAUAUUUUCAAGAGUUUAUCAUUUAUAAAUUAAGGAAA